CGUAACAGAGCUGCGCGCGCAACGGGCGGGAGAUAGGAAAAACAAUAACGCCCGAAACGGCGGCCUGGCAACCGUCAUGGCCCGGAUAGGACGAAGUGACGAUCUGGAAGACUUUCAUUAUCAAGACACAGAUUCUGAUGUUCCUGAGCACAGAGAAAACAGAGUCAUGGUGAAAUGGACCCAUGAGGAGGAUGAAGUGCUGAGAGCCCUUGUGAAGAAGUAUGGGCCGGGUGAAUGGAAACAAAUAGCCAGCCACAUGCUUAACCGGACAGAGCAGCAAUGCCAACAAAGAUGGCUCCGCGUUCUUCAUCCUGACCGUGUCAAAGGACCAUGGACUAAAGAGGAAGAUGAGAAGGUUAUUGAGCUGGUGAAGAAGUAUGGAACUAAGCACUGGACACUCAUAGCGAAGCAACUGAAGGGAAGGUUGGGUAAACAGUGCCGUGAGCGCUGGCACAACCACCUCAAUCCAGAGGUGAAGAAGUCCUCCUGGACUGAAGAGGAGGAUCAGAUUAUCUGUCAAGCGCACAAAGUUCUAGGCAAUCGCUGGGCAGAAAUAGCAAAGCUGUUGCCUGGGCGGACAGACAAUGCAGUGAAAAAUCAUUGGAAUUCAACCAUCAAGCGGAAAGUGGAGACAGGCGGCUAUCUGAAUGGAAUAAAGAUCAGCAUCACAGAGGAGAAGGACGAAAAGGAAGACUCUGCUUAUCAGGCUGCAGUGGAAGAGAAAGAACCAUGCUUGGUUUCUGAAGUCAAGGUCGAGACCGUAGAACACGGCCCCAACUCUGACAUAAUGGAAGUGAAAAUAGUUGAGGUAAAGUCUGAGCAGCUGAGUGAAGGCGAGGAAGAGGAGAGUGCAGGGUCCAGCCCGUCAUCUGCCUCUGUGAAUUCUGCCCCAGAGAAAUGGAUGGUGGAGUAUGUCAACUGCCUAGUGCCAAGCAAUGACAUGAUCGAAUCGGAUGCUGAAGGUUGGUGUGACCUCACAAGUUUUGAUUUGGCGGAUGAAUCUGCGGUUACUGAUGUUGGCAGUCCUAACUCUGAUACUUCAGCAAAACCCCUUGCAACCAAUGUUACUGAAUAUCGUCUAGAUGGACACACCUUGUCUGACCUGAGUAAGGGUAGCAAGGGGGAGUUGAUUCCUAUAUCUCCACGUCCACAUGCUGGAUUUGGGACCCCACCAUCCCUGCUGAAACACAAGAAGAGGAGGAUCACAUUGUCGCCUGUGACGGAAAGUGUGGCCAACACUAGUGCCUCCACUACAGAUACAAAUAGCAUGACCCCCAAAAGCACUCCUGUUAAAUCACUGCCCUUCUCUCCAUCACAGUUUUUGAAUUUUUGGUCGAAACAUGAUGCACUGGAGCUGGAAAACCCAUCUCUAACCUCCACACCUGUCUGUAGCCAAAAGGUGGUUGUAACCACACCUCUCCAUCGAGACAAAACGCCAUUGCUACAGAAGAAUUCGGCGUUUGUGACGCCAAAUCAUAAAUUUAUGGGGGAUAAUGCACCCCACACGCCCACCCCGUUCAAGAAUGCUUUAGAGAAGUUUGGGUCAUUAAGGCCAUUGCCUCAAACCCCUCAUCUUGAAGAUCUGAAGGAAGUUUUACGCAACGAAUCUGGUAUAGAACUGGUCAUUGUAGACGAAUCCAAUCAUGAACGUCCAAAAAGGAAACCUGGGCAUUCUCACAGUCCGAUCAAGAAGGUGCGGAAGUCUCUUGCUUUAGAUGUGAUUGACAAGGAGAUCAAGCCUCCCACACUUUCCCUUUCUUCUGCAGUAUCUCUAGAAGUACAGCCGCAGUCCUGCGAGAGCUUCUUGUCCAUGUCCCUGAAUGAGUCGUCUUGCAGCACUAAAGAGAACAGUUUAUUAAAUCAGGGAUUUGUCCAGGUGAAGCCAAGCAAAGGCUCCUCCGUCUACGAUGAAACCGCACACACUGACAUUGGCGAGCUGGUGAAAACGCAGGAGGCAACUGCUCGGAAAACCAGUAAAAGCGUAUUCAUCAAAAUGGAACCCUCCAUACACUUCAUUACAGACUCUGGCCCGAGCUCACCUGUAGAUGCGGACACGUCUGUCAAGACCUCGUAUUACAGGAGUAAAGGAGCCAUUUUGAAGCCUGACAAACCUAUCCUUUGCAAUGCUGAGAAGCAUUCAGCAACACAAACAGAAACCCUCAGGAUUCCCGAACCGAUGAGUAAAGCUUGGAAAAUCAUCGCUUUUGGUGGCUCCCAGGACCAGCUGCUCAUGCAGGAGAAAGCCCGAGCAAUUCUGAACUUGUACAAACACAGCUCUACUUCACGGACUCUCAUCAUGUCAUGAUGCAGCCAAAAAAAGACUUGUCCAUCAUCUAGUUUUAGAAGAACCACCUCACCGUGCAGCUACAAAGACCCCAGCGAUCUAUUAACAUUGGGUUCUGGCUGGACCACACGUUACUCAGGCUUGUGCUGUCUCCAUAAAAGGUCCAAAAUAAAUGGUAAAUAAAAUAGAAACCCCAAUUCCCCCCCACGUCCACGAUCUUAUAACUGUAUGGUAAGUCACACUUUUCAGUAUUGUAAAAGGGUGGUCCAGCAAAGAAACACACUGCCGUGUUGUGUCCAUGGGCUGUGGCAUUGCAUAUGAUCACAAUUCUCUUGCCUGGUGACGAGCCCCUUUAAAAGGACAAAAGAUGAUAGUCAUAUACCGAAUACACAAUUGGAUCGGAGCUCUAGUUUUUAAUUUAUCAAAUUAAUAGUUUAUCAAAACUGUUGGAAAUGUUCAUUGCAACCGGUCUGAUUGCUCCUUUUCAUUUUGCUAGUUUUUUGGAUCCCCCUUCCCAAAUCAGAACUGUUGUAAAUUAGCUAGCGGAGGAUGUAGGGAGAGUUUACUUACAAGUAGGUAUAUAUGUAUUUGCUGUUAGUAUGACUGAUCUUAAAGGGGUUCUCUGGUAUUAAGUAAGCAGACACGUCUUAUGAAGCAAAAUUCAUAUUGCAGGGGAGGAAAGCCUCUUUGCAACCAUCGGCCUUGGAACAAUGAGAUCAACAUUUGGGGACCCUUUAUUUUUUUUUAUUUAACACUAUUAUAACUGACUAUUAAUACAGGGGGUUGUCUGAAAUUUGGAAAUAAAAGAUGUUGUUUUUAAUUUAUUUUAUUGCAUUUGUCAUCACUUACCAAUAGGUGAUGCGGCCGGUCACUGUAGAUUGGUGUCUGUCUGAGAUCUCUGCCGACACAGAUGGAGAUACCAACCUGUAGAAAAAGGCUCUUUUUAUUAUGUGAAAAUUGACCCCCCCAGGGUGCAACAAGGGCAGUGCUGUUGCACCCAGAGACUCCUUUCCCUGUUUCCUUUGCUCUGCCUCCACCACUGUGACAGACAGACCAGACAGUGAAAACCUAUGCAUCCCUGGCCCUGAACUGUGUGUCUCCAUCCCUUAAUUGCAUGCGUGCCGAACACAUUUCCUGUGAGACUUCAGGGCCAGGCAUGAAUGUUUGUUUUUACUGCCUGGUCUGUCUGUCACAGUGGUGGGGGUGCAGCAUGGCAGACAAGGUAAGGACUCUGUGUGCAAUGGCACUGCUGCUGUUGCACCUAGGGGGUAAUUUUACAUUUUAUGAACCUACCUGUAAUUCAGAAACUGUGCCGUCUUUUGGCAAUGUCUAAUAUUGCAAGCCAAUUGCAAUACCAGAGGCAGCCCAUAAACAAGGGUGACGCCGCUUCGUUUUUUUUUUUUUUAUAUCUCUCAGGCGUCCUUGAACAUUCCACGUGCUCUGCUUUAUCUAUAGUUACACAGUCCUAGCCACGUUAAUGCAGUGUUUUGUGUGUGGGGUCCCCACAAAGAAUGGAGUGUUACAUAACUGUUCUCAUUUUCUAUUAGGCUCCUUUCACACGAGCGAGUUUUCCGCCCGGGUGCAAUGCUUGACACUGAUCCUGACCAGUUCAUUUCAAUGGGUCUGUAUACAUGAGCGUUUUUUUCACGCAUCAGUUCUGCGUUGCCUGAAAAAUGCAGCGUAUUCUAUAUUCUGCAUUUUUCACGCAGCUCUGGC